AUGGAAAAGCUUUGUGAUAAGAGACGAAAAAGAGUUGUUCGGCUUACUAGGUGUCUAACGUGUCUUCUAGCUGGAGGCUUUUCCCAAAUUGAAAUUUCCCCCAAAUUAAAAACCCUCAUUCCUCCCACGAAGAAGCCAUCUCCAAAUGCGAAGAAGCCAUCUCCAGACGUGAAGAAGGCAAUCUCUGGACGAUGCCCGUUCCCGUCACCGCCCUCUCAUUCUCGUCUCUUCACUUUAGCGCCACCGCAACCUUCUCUACCGGACGACAAAACCUCUUCUAUUCUAACCUAUUCAAUUCGUGUCUGUCAUCUCCAAUCUGUCGCAAUCUCUUCAAUGUUCAAAUUGUUGCCGUCACCUCCUCUGCCGAUAUUUGUUGGUGGUCUCGAUUAUGAUGUUAGUGAUGAAGAUUUAAAGCAAGCUUUCUCUAAAUUUGGUGACGUUGUCUCUGUGAAAAUUCCAAUUGGAAAAGGAUGUGAAUUUUUGCAAUUUACUAACAGGUUCUAAUGAAGCCGGCAAAGUUCAUGAAAUUUCCUUCAAAGAAGCUGUACAAGGCCAUCAAAAUACACUGGCAGUUUUAGAAAUGAAGGAUUUGACCAUGAUUCAAGCAACAAAGAAUAUUUUCAGAGGUGAAGGAUUAUCGGUUGGUUGUUUAUGCUUGUACAGAAAAUCAUGUUAUAUGUAUUAUGAUGGUAUUGACUCUGGUUUUGAUUAAGAGUUGUAAUUUCAUACUUGUAAAUUGUUCAAACUUGAUUGAAAAUGUACAAUAUUACAGAGUAUAUUAUAGCGUAUAUAUAUUAAAGUGUCAACCAUUUGUUUCUA